AUGGGUUUAUUUGCUUCUAAAUUAUUUAGCAACUUGUUCGGUAACAAGGAAAUGCGUAUUCUUAUGGUUGGUCUAGAUGGUGCCGGUAAGACCACAGUUUUAUACAAACUGAAAUUAGGUGAAGUUAUUACUACUAUCCCAACUAUCGGUUUCAAUGUUGAAACUGUUCAAUACAAAAACAUUUCCUUCACUGUUUGGGAUGUCGGUGGACAAGAUAGAAUUAGAUCCCUAUGGAGACAUUAUUACAGAAACACCGAAGGUGUUAUCUUUGUUGUUGACUCCAACGAUAGAUCUCGUAUUGGUGAAGCCAGAGAAGUUAUGCAAAGAAUGUUAAACGAAGACGAACUAAGAAAUGCUGUUUGGUUAGUGUUUGCCAACAAACAAGAUUUACCAGAAGCUAUGUCUGCUGCCGAAAUUACUGAAAAGUUAGGUCUACAUUCAAUUAGAAACCGUCCAUGGUUCAUUCAAUCUACUUGUGCCACAUCUGGUGAAGGUCUAUAUGAAGGUCUAGAAUGGCUAAGUAACAACCUAAAGAACCAAUCAUGA